UUAUAUAUAAAAAUGAAUCGCAAAAUUUGGUAAGCGCAUAACUCAACAACGCCUGGACCGAUUUCGCUCAUUCUUUUUUUGUUUGGGUCGUAAUUGUCAGGAGAAGGUUCUUACGGACGAAAAAUUUGAGAAAGUUAUCGGGUUAGAGAAAUAUGACGAGGUGGUGAUGAAAUUACAGAGGCGCCAUCUAUCCAGCAAAUAGUCAACUAAAUUAUUUUUGGUAGUCAAUGGCAACCAUUUAAAUAAAAUAAAUCAUUUAUUUAAAAUGUUUUUAAAAAUGCAUGCAAAUAGACAUACAAACAACGCAAAUGUUCGCAAAUGUUCGUUGAAGUCCAAGGAUGGUUUUUACGGCUAGAAAAAUUAGAAUUAUUGCUGGAAAAACCCUAAAAAUAGCCCUUUUCUUUUUAAAAUAGCCCUUCCUAUAAUAUUUAUAAUAUAAUACUGAUCGUAUCCAUGGCAACCAACAAUCGUGUUUUGUGCAGAGUGUUUAGUUAGUUAGUGUUUGUUUAGUUCGUGAUUAGUGAAAAAAUAAUUUAUAUUUGAUAUGCCUCCUAUAAGACGAAGCAAUUUAGGUAGAAGAACCAGAAAUGCUACAAACCAAGCUAAUUACCGAUCUAAUUCACAAACGCGUGAAGCGCGAGCAAGUUUGAAUCGAGCUGCUUUUAGUUACGAUGUGUCAAUUGACUACAGUAACUACCAAUGUGUUGUUAUUGGUUCUAUGAACUCGGUUUGCUCACACUGUAAGGCAUUAAAAUACAAAAACGAAGCCAAUGGAUUGUGUUGCGCAAAUGGUAAAGUGAAAUUGAUACCAUUGGAUCCACCACCAGAACCAUUGUACUCAUUGGUUUCAGGAAUAGGAACAGAUUCUAUACACUUUUUGACAAAUAUCCAACAAUAUAACAAUUGCUUUCAAAUGACUUCAUUUGGGGCAACAAAUGUAGUUCGGGAAAAUUUUAUGCCAACUUUCAAGAUACAAGGGCAAAUAUAUCAUAGAGCAGGUUCACUGUUACCAGUGUCAGAUAGCGACAACAAAUUCCUGCAAAUUUAUUUUAUGGGCAAUUCACCACAAGAAAUUGAUCUGCGUUGUGCACAUAACAAUUUAGUAAAGAGGUCUAUUGUAGAACAAUUACAAACUUUAUUUCAUCAGCACAAUCAAUUGAUUAUAUUGUUUAAAACUGCCCUGGAUCUGAUGCCAUCCGAUAAUCACAAAAUUGUAAUCAGAGCUGAUAAAACACCUGCAGGUCAACAUACAAGACGUUUUAAUGCACCAACUAUUGAUGAAGUUGCUAUCGUUGUAGUUGGAGAAAACUUGGAAUCCCGUGAUAUUGUUUUACGUCGUCGGAAUGAUCAAUUACAACGUAUAAAGGAAACACACCGCUCAUAUGAUGCACUGCAAUAUCCCAUUAUAUUUUGGCAAGGUGAAGAUGGCUACGAUUUCUCAAUAAAAAUGAUAAAUCCCAUUGCAGGUUCUGAAACCAACAAAAAAGUCAGUUCAAUGAACUAUUAUUCAUACCGCCUAAUGAUUCGGGAAAAUGAAGAUAAUCACAUAUUGAAAUGUCGGCGAUUAUAUCACAAAUAUGUUGUUGACAUGUAUGUUAAAAUUGAAACGGAAAGAUUAACAUUCAUCAGGUUGAAUCAAACCAAACUCCGAUCUGAAGAGUAUAUUCACCUUCGAGAUGCGAUUAAUACUGAUGGAAAUGCACAGAAUGUCGGUCGGAUGACUAUUCUUCCAGCAACAUACAUCGGAAGCCCUCGGCAUAUGCACGAAUAUGCUCAAGAUGCCAUGUCGUAUGUUCGUCAUUAUGGUACAGCAGAUUUGUUCAUCACAUUUACAUGCAAUCCGCAAUGGAUAGAAAUCAAUCAGGAGUUAUUCUCUGGGCAAUCACCCAUUGAUCGUCAUGAUAUUACAGCCAGAGUCUUUAGACAAAAGUUGAAAUCUUUAAUGGAUUUCAUCGUAAAACAUAAUGUGUUUGGUGAGACACGCUGCUGGAUGUAUUCUGUGGAGUGGCAGAAACGAGGAUUGCCACAUGCACACAUUUUGAUUUGGUUGGUUGAAAAUAUAAGGCCAAAUGAAGUUGAUGCAGUGAUAUCAGCUGAAAUCCCUAAUGUACAAGUAGAUCCUGGAUUGCAUGAGGUAGUUAUCAAAAACAUGAUACAUGGUCCCUGUGGAACUCUUAAUCAAAAUUCACCGUGUAUGAUGGAUGGUAAAUGUUCAAAACGAUAUCCACGGACAUUAAUAUCGGAAACAAUUACUGGUAAUGACGGUUAUCCAUUGUAUCGUCGCAGAUCGACAGCAGACAAUGGAAAAUCAACAAUUGUCAAAUUAAAUCAACAAGAUAUUGAAAUAGAUAAUCGUUGGAUUGUUCCAUAUUCACCCAUUUUAUCAAAGACAUUCAAAGCACACAUCAACGUUGAAUCUUGCCAUUCAGUGAAAUCUAUUAAAUACAUUUGCAAAUAUGUAGCCAAAGGGAGUGAUAUGGCUGUGAUUGGAAUUGGUGCAGAGAAUUCCAAUGAUGAAGUUACCCAAUACCAAAUGGGCCGCUAUGUCAGUAGUAAUGAAGCAGUUUGGCGAAUAUUUUCUUUUCCUAUUCAUGAGAGACACCCUUCUGUUGUUCACUUAGCUGUGCAUUUAGAAAAUGGACAAAGAGUGUAUUUUACAGCACAGAACGCAGUACAAAGAGCUGCUCAGCCACCAUCUACUACAUUAACCAGUUUUUUUGAGACAUGCCAAAACGAUGAUUUCGCACAAACAUUGCUAUAUUCUGAAAUGCCAAAAUAUUAUACCUGGAAUCAAUCCUCAAGGAGAUUUAUACGACGGAAACAAGGAAAACCAGUUCCAGGAUAUACAGAUGUAUAUUCCACCGAUGCGAUUGGCCGGAUUUAUUCAGUACAUCCAAGCAAUGAUGAAUGUUUUUACUUACGACUGCUAUUAGUCAAUGUACGUGGCCCAACAUCAUUCCAACAGUUACGAACUGUUGAUGGUGAAUUGUGUGUAUCCUACAGAGAAGCCUGUCAACGUUUGCAAUUGCUUGAAAAUGACGCUCAUUGGGAUCAAACUCUCAAUGAUGCUGUAAUAUCAUCACACGCUCAUCAAAUACGAACAUUGUUUUCUAUAAUCAUAUCUACAUGCUUCCCAUCAAGCCCAAUUGAUUUGUGGAUCAAGUACAAAGAUUAUAUGUGUGAUGAUAUUUUGUAUCAAAUACAGAAUAGAAUGGGAAAUCCAAAUAUACAAAUCAGUGAAGAAAUUUACAAUGAAGCAUUGAUUUCAAUUGAGGACAUGUGCUUGAUAAUGUCAAACAAACUAUUAAUUCAAUUAGGCCUGACCGCGCCCAAUCGUCCAAUGCAUGACGCUUUUAACCAAGAGUUGCAUCGAGAAAGACUGUAUGAUCUCAACGAUUUGAAAGAAUUAAUUCAAACAAAUCUUCCACUGUUAAAUGAACAACAGAAGUAUGUAUUUGAAACUCUUAUGAAAGUAACAAAUGAUGAAACUGGAGGGAUUUACUUCUUAGAUGCACCUGGUGGUACAGGAAAAACUUUUUUGAUUUCAUUAAUAUUAGCAACAAUUCGCUCACAAAAUAAAAUUGCACUUGCACUCGCUUCGUCGGGAAUCGCAGCAACUUUGCUUGAAGGUGGUCGAACAGCCCAUUCAGCACUAAAAUUGCCAUUAAAUAUGCAUAGCAAUGAAACUCCAACCUGCAACGUUUCGAAGAACUCUGCAAUGGCAAAGGUUUUGCAGCAAUGUAAAUUGAUUGUUUGGGAUGAAUGCACGAUGGCACAUAAAAAAUCUUUGGAGGCUUUGGACAGAACCUUAAAAGAUCUACGGAGCAAUAAUAACCGAUUUGGUGGUGCAAUGAUUUUAUUAGCAGGAGAUUUUCGUCAAACAUUGCCGGUGAUUCCACGAUCAACGCCAGCUGAUGAACUCAAUGCAUGUCUAAAGUCCUCCAGUUUGUGGAAACAUGUCAAAGUACUUCAUUUAAGCAAGAAUAUGCGUGUCGAGUUGCAAAAUGACCAAUCUGGAAACAUAUUCUCUAAACAACUCAUUGACAUUGGUAAUGGCAAAUUUCCUAUAGACAUGUUGACUGGCUGCAUUAACUUUCCUCUAAGUUUUUGUCAGUUAACUCGAUCAAAAGAUGAACUUAUUCAGAAGGUGUUUCCAGAUGUUUCUCAAAAUUACAGAAACCAUGAUUGGUUGAGCGAACGAGCUAUACUGGCUGCAAAAAACAUAGAUGUAAAUGAAUUAAAUUUCAAAAUUCAAGAACAAAUUACAGGCGAAUUGAUGAUAUAUAAAUCAGUUGAUUCGGCUACUAAUCAAGAUGAUGUAGUCAACUAUCCACCGGAAUUUUUAAACUCGCUGGAUUUGCCAGGAUUGCCACCUCACAAUCUUCAAUUAAAGGUUGGAUCGGUGGUUAUAAUGUUGCGAAAUAUCAACCAACCGCGUCUUUGCAACGGUACACGGUUAGCGAUAAAAAAAUUACUAAACAAUGUGAUAGAAGCAACUAUACUCAAAGGAAAGUAUAAAGGAGAAGAUGUUCUCAUACCGCGCAUCCCAAUGAUUCCGACUGAUGUGCCAUUUGAGUUUAAACGACUACAGUUUCCAGUGCGUCUUGCUUUUGCUAUGACUAUAAACAAGUCCCAGGGGCAAUCAUUAAGUGUUUGUGGUAUUAAUCUAGAAAACCCAUGUUUCUCACAUGGUCAAUUGUAUGUUGCCUGUUCCCGUGUUGGAAAACCAUCAGAUUUGUUUAUCUAUGCGCCAGGUAAUCAAACAAGAAACAUCGUAUACCACAAAGUACUACAAUGAUAAUAAUAAUAAUUAUGAUUCACAUGAUUAACAAUAA